AUGGCAGAACUCGCAGUCGUCGGCGGUGGUGGCGGUUUCAUCGGCGGGCACCUCGUCAAGAGCCUCCUCGAGCAGGGCUACAACGUCCGCUCCGUCGAUAUCAAGCCCAUCGACGAGUGGUACCAGGUCCACGACGGCGUCGAGAACGUCCAGGCCGACCUCAAGAACAUCGACAACUGCAUGAAGUACAUGGCCGACGCCGAGCGCAUCUACCAGCUCGCCGCCGACAUGGGCGGCAUGGGCUUCAUCGAGCUCAACAAGGCCCUCUGCAUGCUGAGCGUCCUCACCACCACCCACGCCCUCAUGGCCGCCAAAGAAGGCGGCAAGUGCAACCGCUUCUUCUUCUCCUCCUCCGCCUGCGUCUACAACGCCGACAAGCAGAAGAGCGAAGACGUCAUCCCGCUGAAGGAAGAGGACGCCUACCCCGCCGCCGCCGAGGACGGCUACGGCUGGGAGAAGCUCUUCACCGAGCGCAUGUGCCGCCACUUCCGCGAGGACUUCGGCAUCCAGACCCGCGUCGCCCGCUUCCACAACGUCUACGGCCCCUUCGGCACCUGGGACGGCGGACGCGAAAAGGCCCCCGCAGCCCUCACCCGCAAGGUCCUCACCGCCAAGCACACCGGCAACCUCGAGAUGGAAAUCUGGGGCGACGGCAAGCAGACGCGCUCGUUCAUGUACGUCGACGACUGCGUCAAGGGCAUCAACAUGAUCACCGACUCCGACGACGUCCUCGAGCCCAUCAACCUCGGCUCCAACGAGCUCACCACGAUCAACGGCCUCGUCGACAUCCUCGAGGACAUCUCCGGCAUCAAGAUCGACCGCAAGUACAAGCUCGACGCCCCCAAGGGCGUCAACGGACGCAACUCCGACAACACCCUCAUCAACAAGUACCUCGGCUGGGAGCCCGGCAUCAAGCUCCGCGACGGCAUGGAACGCACCUACCACUGGAUCGAAGAGCAGAUGAUGAACAAGACCGGUGGUUUUUUCUUCGAGAGUCAGACCCACAUGAGCACCAAGGGCACCCUCCUCAUCUUCUCACAGGUCUACCCGCCGGACCCCGCCUCCGUCGGGCAGCACAUGCACGACGCGGCCACCGAAAUGGUCCGCCGCGGCUGGCGCGUGCGCGUCAUCUCCGCCAACCGCGGCUACGACGACCCCACCAUCAAAUAUCCCAACCGCGAGACCCGCGACGGCGUCGAGAUCCGGCGCGUCCCCUUCUCCAGCUUCGGCAAGGCCUCCAUCCCCCUCCGCGCCCUCGCCAUGGGCAUCUUCAUGCUCUUCUGCCUCUUCGCCGGCCUCACCACCCGCAACACGAAGCUCCUCCUCGUCACCACCUCGCCCCCCAUGUGCGGCUUCGCCGCCGGCCUCGUCCACUCCGUCCGCCGCAUCCCGCUCGUCUACUGGGUCAUGGACCUCAACCCCGACCAGAUGAUCGAGCUCGGCAAAAUGAAGGCCGAUUCCUUCGCCGCGAAGAUGCUCAACGCCCUGCAGCGCUUCGUCUCCAAGCGAUCCAAGGCCAUCGUCGUCCUCGACCGCUUCAUGGGCGACCGCCUCCUCAAGAAGAUCGACGUCGCCGACCGCAUGACCACCAUGCCACCCUGGCCCCACGAGGACACCCUCGACGUUGUCAAGCACGAGGACAACUGGUUCCGCGACAAGCACGAGCUCAACGGCAAGUUCGUCAUGAUGUACUCCGGCAACCACGGCUACUCCACUCCCGUCGUCACCGCCGUCGACGCCGCCAUCGGCAUGCAGGACGAGACCGACGUCCACUUCAUGUUCAUCGGCGGCGGCGUCGGCAAGAAAGACGUCGACAACGCCAUCGAGAAGCACACGCCGAGCAACCUCGUCUCCCUCCCCUACCAGCCCUUCAAGGACCUCCGCUACUCCCUGAGCGCCGCGGAUGUCCACAUCGUCACCGUCGGCCCGGACGUCGUCGGCGUCGUCCACCCCUGCAAGAUCUACGGCGCCAUGGCCGUCGCCAGGCCCAUCCUCCUCAUCGCGCCCGACCCCUGCCACGCGUCGGACAUCAUCCGAGACCAGAAAGUCGGCUGGCACAUUCCGCAUGGAGACACCGAGCUCGCCAUCAAAACCGUCCGCGAGAUCGCCAGCACGCCGAAAGAAGAACUCGAGGCGAUGGGCGCACGAGCCAAGGCCUACAUCGACAACGAGAUGAAGAUGGACGUCCUCUGCAGCAAAUUCUGCGACAUCCUCGAGGGGGUGCUCGACAAGUACCUCCGCGAAUUCGCGGACUCCACCGCCGGCAUCAACAUCCAGUCCGUCGCCCAGGGCAAGCGCACCGUCUUUCAGACGGCGAUGGAUCUCUACAAGCUCUACGGCUUCAACUACUUCCAGUGGAAACUCCGCAACUACAUCUGGCGCAAAAUCCAGGCCAAGCUCUUCAACGACAUCCUGGGCUCCACGAAGACCUGCUACUCCGUGCGCGCCGUCGCCAAGAAAUACGGCGUCGAGGUCACCGAAGCCGUCGACGUGAACUCAGAAGAGUUCCUCAAACACCUCCGCGACCACGGAGUCCAGUUCAUCGUCUCCAUCUCCGGAACCCAGCUCUAUCGCAAGGCCCUCCGCGAGCAGACGUCCCACGGCAUCGUCAACUGCCACGGCGCACUCCUCCCCAAAUACCGAGGAUUGAUGCCCAGCUUCUGGACCCUCGCCAACGGCGAAGAAGUGGGGGGCGUCAGCGUCCACUACGUCGACGCCAAGCUCGAUAACGGCCCCAUCGUCGUCCAGAAGACCUACCGCAUUCACGCGCACGACACCCUCGAAGACAUCAUGAAACGCUCAAAAGACCUCGCCGCGGAAGCGAUCAUCGAGUGCGUGCGCAAAGUCGAAGCCGGCGACCCCGAGCUCAUCGAAAACGACGCCGAGCAGCAGACGCAUUUCUCGAUGCCGACGAGGGAAGAUGUCUUACGCUUCAAGAAGAACGGAUCGACCAUCAAGUCAUACAAAGACCUCGAAGUAUGGUCGAUCGGUAUGGACCUCGCCGAAGCGGGGUACCGUCUCACCGCGUCGUUCCCGAAGGAGGAGCGAUACGGACUGACCUCGCAGAUCAAACGCUGCGGCGUGUCGAUUCCAGCGAAUAUCGCCGAAGGCUGGGGGCGUCAGUCCAGACAGGCACGCUGCAAUCAAUCGAGCGAGGAAUCGAUCGCGAAAGCAACAUGCUCCGGGCGCUCGUACAGAGCCUCGACCGAGGAAGACGGGAUGGAUAACACAACCCCGAAAUCCCGUAAUCCCGAAAUGGCGAAAUCCCCAUCGCCCCCAAUCACGCACGCCCUCAGCUUCGACAUCGAAGACUGGUUCCACAUGGUGGAAAUCGAGGCUGUCGCGGACACUUCAAAGUGGCCGGACUACCCGUCGAUUGUGGUCGAUCGAUCCAAAUGGAUCGUGGACCUCAUCGGCGAAUACAACGCCAAAGCCACCUUCUUUAUGCUCGGCUGGGUUGCCGAGCGAUACCCCGAAAUCGUGCGCUACAUCGUCGAUCACGGCCACGAAGUCGGAACCCACUCCUACUGGCACCGCAAGGUCUACGAGCUCACCCCCGACGAAUUCCACGAGGACAUGAAGCACUCGAUCGACGUCAUCGCCGAUCAGGCCGGUGCCCCCGUCCGCGGCUUCCGCGCCCCCUCCUUCUCCAUCACGCCCGGGACCGAGUGGGCCUUCGACGUCCUCCACGACCUGGGCAUCACCUACGACGCCUCCCUCUUCCCCGCCUCCCGAGGCCACGGCGGCUACGCCUGCCAGCAGGAAGCCCACGACUUCACCGCCCCCAACGGCAAGCCCAUGCCCGAACUCCCCAUGUCCAUCAUGAAGCUCGGCAAAGCCGAGAUCCCCUUCUCCGGCGGCGGAUACAUGCGAUUCCUCCCCGGCUUCAUGAUCGAGCGCGGCUUCGACAGCUUCGAGAAACGGGGCAUCCCCGCCGUCAUCUACCUCCACCCGCGCGAUUUCGACCCGAACACCCCGCGCGUCCCCAUGCCCCUCAAGCGAAAAUUCAAGUGCUACGUCGGCAUGAAAACCACCGAGGGCAAGCUGCGACGCCUGCUCGCCAACCGCAGCUUCGACACCUGCGAGGCCGUCCUCCGCAACGCCGGCGUCCCCGCCCUCCACGCCGCGAUCAACACCAACGUCGAAGCCGCCGCCGAGCCGGCAAACGCCGCGGACGUCGCCACGGGCGAUGCUCCGGGGGGCGCGGACGACGGCCGCACGCGCUCCAACGUCGAGGUCCUCAUCCUCACCUUCAACGAGGAACUCAACAUCGAGCACGCCCUCCGAUCCGUCAUCGGAUGGGCCGACACCGUCUACGUCGUCGACUCCGAAUCGACGGACCGCACACGCGAGAUCGCCGAGGCCAUGGGCGCCCAGGUCAUCGUCCAGCCCUGGCUCGGCUACGCCAAGCAGAAGAACUGGGCCCUCCGCACCCUCCCCUUCAAGAGCGACUGGAUCUUCAUCCUCGACGCCGACGAGUCCAUCACCGACAAACUCCGCGACGAGCUCCUCACCAUCGCACAGACCCCCGUCGACCUCGUCCACGAGGCCGGCUUCUACGUCAACCGACUCACCUACUUCAUGGGCAAGCCCAUCAAGCACUGCGGCUUCUUCCCCAGCUACAACCUCCGCUUCUUCAAGAACGGGCGCGCCUGGUACGAGGACCGCGAGGUCCACGAGCACAUGGUCGUCGACGGCACCUCCAAACGCCUCAAGCACAUGAUGCUCCACGAGGACCGACGAGGCCUCGAGCACUUCAUCGCCAAGCACAACCGCUACUCCACACUCGAGGCCCGCGAGCUCAUCGCCGGCAAGAAAAAGAAGCGGGGCGUCCUCGCCACACGCCUCGAAUCCGGCAUCGCCCUCCGCCGCUGGCUGAAAUACAACGUCCAGCCCAACAUCCCCUUCGCCGGCGUCUGGCGAUUCCUCUACAUGUACUUCUUCCGCAUGGGCUUCCUCGACGGCGUCACCGGGUUCCGAUUCUGCAUGUUCCUCAGCAUGUACGACUACUUCAUCUCCCUGAAAUGCGCGGAAUUGAAACGCCUGGGCAUGGACCGCGAGCGCGCCGUCCCCGCCACCGCCCCCGCGCGCAAGGGCCUCGCCAUCGAAGAGGGCGUCAUCUCCGAGGGCGACAUCUCCCGCCCCGCGACCACCGCGACCACCGGGGCCGACGCCGACGGCGAGUCCAUGGAGGCCGGACCCCGAAUGCUCCGCGAGCGCGAGCGCAUGCUCAGCUCCGUCGUCAGCCAGAUGCGACCCGAGUCCAGCCCCUGGUCCACACGCGACAAGAUCAAACGCGUCGUCUGGAUGCUCGUCGGCCGCCCACUCUUCCGGCUCUCGUUCCACAACUGGUACGGAUUCCGCGCCAACCUCCUCAAAAUGUUCGGCGCCCGCGUCGGCAAGGGCGUCCGCAUCCGGCCCUCCGUCCACAUCGAGAUCCCAUGGCACCUCACCUUCGCCGACGGCGUCACCGUCGGCGACUCCGCCAUCCUCUACUCCCUCGGCCACAUCACCAUCGGCGCGCACACCAUCGUCUCCCAGUACGCCCACCUCUGCGCCGGAACCCACGACUACACCGACCACCGCUUCCUCCUCCUCCGCCCGCCCAUCACCAUCGCCGAAGACGUCUGGAUCGGCGCCGACGCCUUCGUCGGGCCCAACGUCCACGUCGGUCGCCAGGCCGUCCUCGGCGCACGCUCCUCCACCUACAAGUCCCUCGACGCCGGCAUGGUCUACAUCGGCAACCCCGCGAACGCGCCCGCCACCGAAAGCGCCGAGUACCGCGCCGCCGUCGAGUCACGCUCCGUCAGCCCCUACUCCAUCGCCGAGAAGAUCAAGCGCGUCGCCUGGAACUACGGCGGCCAGAUCCUCAUGAAGUGCACCUUCCACAACUGGUACGGCCUCCGCAACGCCCUCCUCCGCGCCUUCGGCGCGCAGAUCGGCGGCAAAGUCCGCAUCCGUCCCUCCGUCACCGUCGAGCAGCCCUGGAACCUCACCAUCGGCGACAACUCCUCCGUCGGCGACCACGUCAUCCUCUACUGCCUCGGCAAGGUCACCAUCGGGUCCAACGUCUCCAUCUCGCAAUACGCCCACCUCUGCGCCGGAACGCACGACUACAACGCCCCCGACAUGCCCCUCCUGAGGCCGCCCAUCGUCCUCGAGAACAACGUCUGGAUCGCCGCCGACGCCUUCGUCGGCCCCAACGUCACCGUCGGCGAGGGCUCCGUCCUCGGCGCACGCUCCAGCGUCUACAAGAGCAUCCCGGGAGAUCACGAAGCACCCCAUAUGAGCGACACGGUCACCCAACCCAUCAUCAUCAUCGGGACCCACCGCUCCGGAACAACAUUCCUCGGGCACGUCCUCGACCACCACCCCGACACCGCCUACUGGGAAGAGCCACGCCACGUCUGGGUCUACGGCAACACCUACAAACCCGACGACAAGCUCACCAAAGCCGACGCCUCCCCCAAGAUCAUCAGCCACAUCCGCAAGGAAUUCGCGAAAUUCCUCGCAAAGUCCGGCAAGCCGCGACUCCUCGAGAAGACCCCCAGCAACUGCCUCCGCCUCGAGCUCGUCCGCGAGGCCUUCCCCGACGCCCGCUUCGUCCACAUCUACCGCGACGGACGCGCCGUCGUCCGCUCCACCCGCGAGGUCAACACCGGCACCCCCGACGCCCAGUGGAUCGUCAAACGCCUCCUCGGCAUGCCCGUCUGGGAAUGGCCCUCCCUCGUCCCCCGCGCCUUCCGAACCUUCGGCGCCAAGCUCUUCGGCGGCAAGAUGUCCAUGUGGGGCCCCCUCCCCCCCGGCUGGCGCGAAUGGGCCGAGCACGACCCCCAGCACGUCCUCCUCGCCAAACAGUGGCGCCACACCAUCGAGCCCGUCCUCCAGUUCCGCGAAACCCUCCCCGAGGGCCAGUGGCUCGACAUGCGCUACGAGGACUUCAUGCGCGAGCCCGAGGCCCGAUGCCGCGAAAUCCUGGCAUUCUGCGGGCUCUCGGAAAGCGAGGAAGUCCUCGCCUACGUCCGGGAAACCGUCGACCCCACCCGCAAGGACAAGUGGCGCGACGAGCUCUCCGACCAGCACAUGGCCGACAUGGAGCCCGUCCUCCGAGAAACCGUCGAACGCCUCGGCGGAUCGAACCAACAACCUCGCAUCGAACCAACGGAGAGAACCAUGUCCGGCCUGAUCACGCCUCACGGCGGCUCCCUCGUCAACCGCGUCGCCACCGGCGACGAAGCCAAGAAACUCGCGUCCGAGGCCGCCAACCUCCAGCGCAUCGACCUCUCCGCCAAGCAGUCCUGCGACCUCGAGAUGAUCGGCAUCGGCGCCUUCAGCCCGCUGACCGGCUUCAUGGGCGAGGCCGACUUCAAGUCCGUCUGCACCGACAUGAAGCUCGCCUCCGGCGAUAUCUGGCCCAUCCCGAUCCUCCUCUCCGUCGACAAGGCCGACGCCCCCAAGGUCGGCGACCGCGUCGCCCUCUACGCCCCCAACGGCGUCCUCCAGGCCGUCAUGGACGUCGAAGAGGUCUACGCCCACGACAAGAAGCUCGAGAUCCCCAACGUCUUCCGCACCGAGGACGACGCCCACCCCGGCGUCAAGCAGGUCAUGAACGAGGGCGACACCUGCCUCGCCGGCCCCGUCCACGUCCUCGAAGUCUGCGUCGACCCCGACGGCCCCGAGGCCUUCAUCGACCACCGCAACGCCCCGGCCGACACCCGCGCCGAGUUCGAGAAGCGCGGCUGGAAGACCGUCGCCGCGUUCCAGACGCGCAACCCGAUCCACCGCGCCCACGAGUACCUCUGCAAGUGCGCCACCGAGAUCUGCGACGGCCUCAUGAUCCACCCCCUCGUCGGCGAGACCAAGCCCGGCGACAUCCCCGCGGACGUCCGCAUGGAGUGCUACCAGACCAUCAUCGAGCACUACUUCGUCGAUGAGCGCACCUUCCUCUCCGUCAUGCCCGCCGCCAUGCGCUACGCCGGCCCCCGCGAGGCCGUCCUCCACGCCCUCAUCCGCAAGAACUACGGCGUCACCCACUUCAUCGUCGGACGCGACCACGCCGGCGUCGGCGACUACUACGGCACCUACGACGCCCAGCUCAUCUUCGACGAGCUCGACAAGGACAACCUCGGCAUCGAGCCCCUCAAGUUCGAGCACGCCGCCUACUCCCGGAAGGCCCAGGGCAUGGUCUCCUCCAAGACCUUCCCCAAGAUCGAGGGCGACCAGAUCUUCCUCUCCGGCACCAAGGUCCGCGAGCUCCUCGCCAAGGGCGAACGCCCCCCGGCGGAGUUCUCCCGCCCCGAGGUCGCCGACGUCCUCAUCAAGCACACGGAUCGCGCGAUGCCCAAGUACGCGACCAAAUCCCGCCUCCGCGUCCAGAUGGAGCGCGUCUCCAAUCAGCUCACGCGGGCGCUCGCGCCGCGCCUCGGGCCGUCCAUCCCGCAGUACUACGUCUGCGAGUACCCCCGCUCCGGCGGGACGUGGCUCGCGCGCAUGCUCGCGGACUAUUUCGGCGUCGCGCGACCCGGCCCCUCCGUCUUCCCCAUCGGAUGCCGCGCCGUCAUCCACUCCCACUGGAAGUUCGCGCCCAAGGUGCGCAACGUCUUCGUCCUCACGCGCGACGGACGAGACGUCAUGACCUCCUACUGGUUCUACCACAUGCGCAACAUCCAGACGAAGAAGGCCUUCAACCACGCGCAGCAGCUCAAAACCUUCAACGCCCUCUUCGGCGAGGGCUUCGACAUGGACACCCCCGGCGAGAACAUGAGCGCCUUUCUCCGCCACGAGUUCGCCAACCCCCGCGGCGCCCGACUCAACUGGGCCGACUACAACCGCUCCUGGUACGACCCCGAUCGCCACACCUGGAUCGGCUACCUCACCUACGAGGACCUCCUCACCAGACCCGUCGAGGCGAUGAGCAAGGCCAUCGCCCACGUCACCGGCGAGCCCGCCGACGACCGCCGCCUCGAACGCACCAUCGAGCACUUCUCCAUGGCCUCCGACACCGGACGAAAGCAGGGCGAGGAAGACAAAACCUCCUUCAUCCGAAAGGGCAUCGCCGGAGACUGGAAGAACCACUUCACCCCAGGCGCCGCCCGCACCUUCGACGAGCUCGCCGGCGACAUGCUCGUCAAGCUCGGCUACGAGAAAGACCGAGACUGGGUCAAACGAUUCGAAGACGACCGCCACGGCGUGAAGAUCGUCCACCUCAUCAACUCGCUCGACCCCGACACCGGCGGACCACCCGUCGUCGUCUCCCGACUCGCCGCCGCGCAGGCCAGGCUCGGCCACACCGUCGCCAUCGUCGGCGGCCAGCCCGACGGGCGACAGGACCGCAUCGACGCCUUCAUGCGCGAAACGCCCGGCAUCGACGCCGUCGCCAUCCGCCAGUGCGCCAUCGCCGACGGCCCCCUCAGCACCUUGACCUCCGGCCCCGAACUCGCCCUCUUCGACGAGCUCCACGCGCAAGGCAAAAUAGACGUCGUCCACCUCCACGGCCUCUGGAAGCCCAUGCUCGUCCGUGUCGGGAAGUGGUGCCGCAAAAACAACGUCCCCUACGUCCUCUGCCCCCACGGCAUGCUCGACGAAUGGGUCAUGACCCAGGGCGCCGCCAAGAAGAAGUUCGCCCUCACCGUCACGCACAAGUCCCUCGUCGGCAAGGCCGCGUCCAUCCACUGCCUCAACGACCACGAGCGCACCAUCAUCGGCCGCUACAACUUCGGCCCCCGCCUGGACAUCAUCCCCAACGGCGUCUUCAUCGACGAGGUCGACAUCGAGACCAAACCCCGCGAGUUCCGCGACUCGAUCGAGGGCCUGGGCGACGCCCCCUACGCCCUGUUCCUCUCCCGCCUGCACUACAAGAAGGGCCUGGACAUCCUCGCCGACGCCUGGGCCAUCGUCGCGCCCGAGUUCCCGCAGACGAAACUCGUCGUCGCCGGACCCCGCGACGGCGACGCCAUCGACGAUUUCAACGCACGCAUCGCCAAGGCCAACCUGCAGGACACCGUCCUCGUCGUCGGCCCCAUCUACGGCCCCGCCAAAACCUCCGCCUACCGCGACGCCGAGCUCUUCGUCCUCCCCUCCCGCCAGGAGGGGUUCUCCAUGGCCAUCACCGAGUCCCUCGCCCUCGGCACACCCGUCGUCGUCACCCGCGAGUGCCACUACCCCGACGUCACCGAGUUCGAGGCCGGCGCCGAGACCGACCUCACCGCCGAGUCCACCGCCGACGGCCUCCGCCGACUCCUCCGCGACCCCGACUUCCGCGACGCCGCGGGCCGGCGCGGCGCCAGACUCGUCCGCGAGCGAUACACCUGGCCCGCCAUCGCAGAGCGCGCCGCCACCAUCUACGAUGCGCUGAUCAGGAACUGA